AUGUUAAACAAAUUGCAAACCGAUAUUUCAUCUCGAUUUUCAGAUGUUAAAUUACACGAAAAAUCGUUGCGUUUAUUUGAAAAUCCAUUCAAUAUUGAUGAAAUUGAUGUCGAUACUUCUUUUCAACUUGAACUUAUCGAGUUAAAAACAAAUUCAUUUUACUAUGAUGAAUUUCAAACAAUGAAAAAAAAUGAUAUUUUAAAAUUUUAUUCAACGCUUUCACACGAAGAUUUCCCUGCUUUGAAAGACAUUAUGAUGAAAAUGGCAACUGUAUUUGGCUCGACGUAUAUAUGUGAACAAAUAUUUUCACGGAUGAAACAAACAAAAUCAGUUCAUAGAUCGCGACUUACGGAUGAACACCUUCAUUCAAUUUUGAGGAUUCAAACAACUAAAUUCCAACCAGAUUUUUCAUUAUUAGUCAAAGAAACAAAAGUUCAAAUUUCACAUUAA